UUAAGUAGAGACGUCACUAAGAACACGCGCACGCGCAAAUCCGCUGUGUCGAGUCUAAAACGGAAAUACAAGCACGCGGGCUUCCGGCACAGUCUCGCACAAUAGCACGAAAAUGGCGAAGAUCGCCAAAACUCACGAAGACAUUGAGGCCCAGAUCCUGGAGAUCCAGGGGAUGAAGGCUGCCCUGUUGGAGGAGGGAGAUCAGGGUGUGAGCCUGGAGUCCACUGGUUACUAUGACCAGGAGAUCUAUGGGGGGAGCGACAGCCGCUUUGCUGGAUAUGUCACCUCUAUCGCAGCCAAUGAGCAGGAGGAUGAUGAUGAGGAAGACUCUUCCACUAGUCUUCUGGGACAGAAGAAACCAGGGUAUCAUGCUCCAGUCGCUAUACUCAAUGCUAUUCCCCAGUCAGAUGAACAGUAUGAUCCGUUUGCUGAGCACCGUCCUCAGAAGAUUGCUGACCGGGAAGAUGAGUACAAAGCUCGUCGGCGACAGAUGAUCAUCUCUCCUGAGCGGCUCGACCCAUUUGCAGAUGGAGGCAAAACGCCAGACCCCAAGGUACAGGCCCGGACGUACAUGGACGUCAUGAGGGAGCAGCACCUCACCAAAGAGGAGAAAGAGAUCCGCCAGCAGCUGGCAGAAAAGGCCAAAUCCGGGGACCUGAAAGUUGUCAACGGCUCCACAGCCUCACAGGCCGCCAACGCAGUCAAGCGGAAGCGACGCUGGGACCAGACUGCCGACCAGACGCCCAGCAACUCCACGCCCAAGAAGGUGUCCAGCUGGGACCAGGCUGAUGCCGCUUCAGAGACUCCAGGCCACACCCCCUCAAACAGCCGCUGGGACGAGACGCCCGGCCGGCCCAGGGGCAGCGAGACUCCCGGGGCCACACCCAGCUCACGCAUGUGGGAGCCCACGCCCAGCCACACGCCGGCCGGAGCCGCCACGCCGGGCCGUGGGGACACACCCGGGCAUGCCACGCCGGGCCACGGGGGAGCCACCUCCAGUGUGAGGAAGAACCGCUGGGACGAGACUCCAAAGACGGAGAGGGAGACCCCUGGCCAUGGCAGCGGCUGGGCUGAGACCCCCCGCACUGACCGCGGCGAUGAGUCUGUCGGGGAAACCCCCACCCCUGGUGCCAGCAAAAGGAAGUCCCGCUGGGAUGAGACCCCUGCCAGCCAGAUGGGCUCCUCCACCCCCCUCCUAACUCCAGGGAAGACUCCCAUUGGGACCCCAGCGAUGAACAUGGCCACCCCCACACCUGGGCACCUUAUGAGCAUGACGCCAGAGCAGCUGCAGGCCUGGCGCUGGGAGAGAGAGAUUGAUGAAAGGAACCGGCCACUUACUGAUGAGGAGCUGGAUGCCAUGUUCCCAGAAGGUUACAAGGUGUUGCCGCCCCCGGCAGGUUAUGUACCCAUCCGCACUCCAGCCCGCAAGCUGACUGCCACUCCAACCCCCAUUGGAGGCAUGACUGGUUUCCACAUGCAGACUGAAGAUCGCAGCCUGAAAUCGGUCAAUGACCAGCCUUCUGGGAACCUCCCCUUCCUCAAACCCGAUGACAUCCAGUAUUUUGACAAGUUGCUGGUGGAAGUGGACGAGUCUACUUUAAGCCCAGAGGAACAGAAGGAGCGUAAAAUCAUGAAGCUUCUGCUGAAGAUCAAGAAUGGUACUCCUCCCAUGAGAAAAGCUGCUCUUCGUCAGAUCACCGACAAGGCUCGCGAGUUUGGGGCAGGACCCCUCUUCAACCAGAUCCUGCCCUUGCUCAUGUCGCCCACCCUAGAGGAUCAGGAGCGUCACCUGCUGGUCAAGGUCAUUGACCGUAUCCUGUACAAGCUGGAUGACUUGGUCCGGCCCUACGUUCACAAGAUCCUGGUGGUGAUUGAGCCCCUGUUGAUCGAUGAGGAUUACUAUGCGAGAGUGGAAGGCAGAGAAAUCAUCUCUAACUUGGCCAAGGCGGCAGGUUUGGCCACCAUGAUCUCCACCAUGAGGCCCGAUAUCGACAACAUGGAUGAGUACGUGAGGAACACAACAGCUCGCGCCUUCGCAGUGGUGGCUUCCGCCUUGGGCAUCCCAUCCCUCCUGCCCUUCCUUAAGGCUGUGUGCAAGAGCAAGAAGUCCUGGCAGGCGCGGCAUACCGGGAUCAAGAUCGUGCAGCAGAUUGCCAUCCUCAUGGGCUGUGCUAUCUUGCCUCACCUGCGUAGCUUGGUGGAGAUCAUUGAGCAUGGGCUGGUGGACGAGCAGCAGAAGGUGCGCACAAUCAGUGCCCUGGCCAUCGCUGCUUUGGCUGAGGCUGCCACUCCUUAUGGUAUCGAGUCAUUCGACUCUGUGCUCAAACCCCUCUGGAAGGGUAUUCGACAACACAGAGGCAAGGGUCUGGCUGCCUUCUUGAAAGCCAUUGGUUAUCUGAUCCCCCUGAUGGAUGCUGAAUAUGCCAACUACUACACCAGGGAAGUGAUGUUGAUCCUCAUCAGAGAGUUCCAGUCCCCCGAUGAGGAAAUGAAGAAGAUUGUACUCAAGGUGGUGAAGCAGUGCUGUGGCACUGAUGGUGUCGAGGCCAACUACAUUAAGACUGAAAUCCUGCCGCCUUUCUUCAAGCACUUCUGGCAGCAUAGGAUGGCUCUGGAUCGACGCAACUACAGACAGCUGGUGGAUACCACUGUGGAACUGGCCAACAAGGUGGGCGCAGCAGAGAUCAUCUGCCGAAUUGUGGACGAUCUGAAAGAUGAAGCGGAGCAGUACAGAAAGAUGGUCAUGGAGACCAUUGAGAAGAUCAUGGGUAACCUAGGUGCGGCAGACAUUGACCAUAAGCUUGAGGAACAGCUCAUUGAUGGCAUACUCUAUGCCUUCCAGGAACAGACCACAGAGGACUCUGUGAUGCUGAAUGGCUUUGGCACAGUGGUCAAUGCCCUUGGGAAGCGGGUGAAGCCCUAUUUGCCUCAGAUCUGCGGUACAGUCCUGUGGCGCCUCAACAACAAAUCCGCGAAGGUGCGACAGCAGGCGGCCGAUCUUAUAUCUCGCACUGCCGUGGUCAUGAAGACCUGUCAAGAGGAGAAGCUAAUGGGUCACUUGGGUGUGGUCUUGUAUGAAUACCUGGGAGAGGAAUACCCUGAAGUGCUGGGCAGUAUUUUGGGAGCCCUGAAGGCCAUUGUCAAUGUCAUUGGCAUGCAUAAAAUGACCCCACCCAUCAAAGAUCUUUUGCCCCGCCUGACGCCCAUCUUGAAGAACAGGCACGAGAAGGUGCAAGAGAACUGCAUUGACCUGGUGGGCCGAAUUGCUGACAGGGGUGCGGAAUAUGUGUCUGCUCGAGAAUGGAUGAGGAUCUGCUUUGAGCUGCUGGAGUUAUUGAAGGCCCACAAGAAAGCCAUUCGGAGAGCCACUGUCAACACCUUCGGCUACAUCGCCAAGGCCAUUGGGCCUCACGAUGUGCUGGCCACCCUGCUGAACAACCUGAAGGUGCAGGAACGUCAGAACCGUGUCUGUACCACAGUGGCCAUCGCUAUUGUAGCUGAGACCUGCUCACCUUUCACCGUGCUCCCUGCACUCAUGAACGAGUACCGCGUGCCUGAACUCAACGUCCAGAACGGCGUGCUCAAGUCCCUCUCUUUCCUCUUCGAGUACAUCGGAGAAAUGGGCAAGGAUUAUAUCUAUGCUGUCACCCCCCUUCUGGAAGAUGCCCUCAUGGACAGAGACCUGGUGCAUCGGCAGACAGCCAGUGCCGUUGUCCAGCACAUGUCCCUGGGCGUUUACGGCUUUGGGUGCGAGGACUCACUCAACCACCUGCUCAACUACGUGUGGCCCAACGUGUUUGAGACGUCGCCGCACGUCAUCCAGGCAGUGAUGGGCGCUCUGGAGGGCCUCCGGGUUGCCAUUGGGCCCUGCCGUAUGCUACAGUACUGUCUGCAGGGCCUGUUCCACCCAGCCAGGAAGGUACGUGAUGUGUACUGGAAGAUCUACAACUCCAUCUACAUUGGAUCUCAGGAUGCUCUGAUCGCUCACUAUCCGCACAUCUACAACGACGAGAAGAACCCUUUCAUUCGCUACGAGCUGGAGUACUUCUUAUAGAGUCUUGUUACUCUGUCCCUCCAUUCAUGUGUACUGCCUCUUAGGGAACAGGACUUUACGUACACACACGUACACACACGUACACACACGUACACACACGUACACACACGUACACACACGUACACACACGUACACACACGUACACACACGUACACACACGUACACACACGUACACACACGUACACAGGAUUCAUUCUGUUUAGUUGUAUGUGUCUGAUAGUGAGAGACCAAUCAGCCACGCUGGCAGCAAGCAUUGUUUUUAUUAAGACAUUUAAACUCCAAUGAAACAACUGAUUCAGUAACUUCAGUUUUAAAACUUUUUUUGUUUGAAAAAUGACAGAGGGGUCAUGGCCUCUUUAGAAAUGGUCAGUGAGAUGUUGUUAUAACCUUAAAUAUUACUGUCCUAGUUUAGCAGCCUUUCAAGGGAGUUCAUCCUGGGGCCCAGCCUUCCUUUCUCUGUUCUUAAUUGAGAUAUUUCUUUAUUUGAAAUAAACGUUUGUGUAUAAAA